CAAAACAGCUGAUCUCUGUGUUGACAAAAAGUUGUUUUUUCUUAGGGUUUCAACAAAGCCAAAAUAUGCUUACCUCCAUGGUAAAGGAGCACCACAAGGAGCAGGUCAAGCGGAAGCAAGAGCAGGAGGUACGCCGCAAGGAGGCCAUAGAAGCCUCUAAUGAGCUCACCCAAUCCCUGGUGGACACCCUAAAUGUGGGCGUGGCACAAGCCUACUUGAACCAGAAGAGAUUAGACGCAGAGGCCAAGCAACUGCAUAUGGGGGCCACCAACUUCGCCAAGCAAACGCAUCAGUGGUUACAGCUCAUCGACAAUUUCAGCAGUGCCCUUAAAGAGCUGGGUGACGUGGAGAACUGGGCACGUAGCAUUGAAGGUGAUAUGCAUGUAAUAAACCAGAGCCUAGAGUUGGCCUACAAAGCUUCGAGAGCAACCCAAUCCGCUAGCUUAGCAGGAAGUGCAGUGGAGGCCUCAACUUCCUCCACGGCAAAUGGCAACGCACCGUGAGAUAUUUUUAGAUUUUUGGCAAUUGUACCCGUAUCCUAGAAAAAAGCUUUCCAUAACUAUAAUGUCAGUUCUGGCUUUUAAUUUUAAGUAACUCUCAGGCAUUAAGAUCACUCUUGAAUAAAUAUGGAUUUAACAAAUCUA